AUGGUGUCGUACAGUGCAGACCGAAUUGUGUUUCUAGUCCAUGAUAUGCUGGGCGGACCAAUUUCUAACGAUGGAUCAUAUUCGAAUCUUCCCGGACGCUUCAUUCUAACCAUUCUAGUCAGUUGUUGUAGUGUAACGUUUUUCGCGUUCAGCGUUACUGAGCUUAGGGCGAUUCUGUACGGUCAGGAUUUGGUGCUAAGUGUGAUCGAUAUGUUGCUAUUGCUCGGUAUUGCGUCGACCCUUUUCUCAAUGCACAUUUCGGCCAUUGGCAAAUAUAUGACCAGAUCUCGUGUGUCCUUCUUUCACUGUUUGGCUGAUAUCGAUGGACAUAUGUACACGUUAAACAUGCACCGAGAUCCUUCCAAGUCUCUGGCUACCAACUGUACCGCGGUGUUCGUGGUCUCUGUUUCUAUUGUGCUGCUGCAUUUCGCUUCCCACUAUCUUCAUACGCAAGAUAGUGCAAAAUCUGUAACAGUCGCCUUUAAAGCUUACGGCCUUUUUACCAUCUUUGUAAUGUGUGGCCUGUUUUUGGUACUGUGUCAACAGCUGAGAUUCAGAAUAAAAUGCAUAGGGGGCCAUUUGAAUAAAAUAGUUGACAUCGCUAACCGUCGCAAUAUCCGCUCGAGAAUCAGGGAUCUGCAAUCGUUGUCAAUCAUUCAUAGCGAGUGUUUCCGGGGAGCCAAUUGCCUAAAUGAUGAGUGUGGCUUAACUAAUGUGUCCUUGUAUGCGCUGGUGUUUUAUAUUCUUACAUCCAAAAGCUUUCAGCUGUUCUACACUUGCUCAAAACAUUUGGAUUUGAAUCUCGACCUUGCGGUUACCGAAUUUUUAGAACCUGUUACUUUACUUGUGGUCACGUUUGGGUACCUUUCGCUCAGCACAUACACCGGAGAGAUGGUAUUAAAAGAGAUGCAGUUAGUAGUAAACAACCUGCAUAAAUUUGAAUCGUUGUUAGAAAAAUCAGACUCAUUCGGGCUGUUCAGCGAUAACACAAACGAGAUCGAACAGUUGGGUCAUCAAAUAAUCCACCAACCGAUUGCCUUCACGGUUUUAAAUUUCUUCCAGAUCGAUCUCCGGUUUUUCCACUUGAUUAUGGCAUCCGUGGGGACUUAUCUUAUCAUUCUACUUCAGUUCGAUUUUAACAAUUAG